UAUAAUAAUGGUAAUAAAACUAGGAAAUAAUACAAAUGAUGUAAUCGAUUGCACAAUCUUAUUGCUGUUUUUAAGAUUCCAAAAAUGAAAGAAAAACAUCCUGGGUUCUGUUUAUAAUAACUGGAAGUAGUUUUCAUGCAUUUACAUUUAGUAAAUAAAUGUAUUUUAAUUAUUUUUACACAAUAAUGUCUUUAAUUUCACAUUUCCAUAAAGUCAGUAUUUCCAAAAUAAAAAAGACCACUCCUAUCUAUGAAACUAUAAGCGUGCGAUUCACGUGGAAUAUAGUAACACGUGAAUCACACGCACAUUAAAGAGUUAACGCGCUUGUUCACAUGCUUUAUUGUUCGCCGUAAUGAGAAAUCCCGCCCAUUUGGUCUCCUCCUCUCACGCUAUUGGCUGCGUUGCGCGUCAGUCUUUCUGUUGCUCCCACCCCCACUCGGACCCAGAGCGGAGAACCGAGCGCGAGCGGUACAAGUUUCUCGUGCGCUUGUUUUGCGUUUACGCGCGUGCGGUUCGGAAGUCGGAGGCGUGAGGGACGUGAGAAAGAGACGUGACGACGUGAGGGAGAGAAACAGUGGUGUUUAACGAGGGAUUUCAGCGAAGUAGGAGAAGGAGAAGAAGAAGGAGGAAGGAGGAAGGAGGGAGGGCUGGCGGUAAAGCCGGUCAGGCGGCUAUUUCUCCAAACGCGUUUCUCAGGAGCAGCAAUGGGAGUCGGGAGCUCGAGCGCCGCACCGUGCGCGUGCUGACCCCGCUCGAGCACAUCCUGGAGGAGGACCGAGGCGGAGGGAGAGAGCGCGCGCGGGACGAGGCAUCACCCCCCCUCCCUGUACUUAAGCACGAGGAGCAAACGAGCGAGCAAAGAGCAUGUCUAAGACUCUGAAGAAGAAGAAGCACUGGGCGAACAAGGUGCAGGAGUGCGCGGUGUCGUGGGGCGGCGGAGAGUUGAGCGCCGUGCUGGAGAUCGGCGGCGGCGCCGAGCGCGGGGAGUUCCCAUACGUGGGCCACGGCGGGUCCUCCGCGUCUUCCACGGCGGCGCUGCUGCGGUGGCACGCGGGCCGAACGCCGAGUCCCGGCGACGUGCUGCUCGAGGUGAACGGCACGCCCGUGAGCGGCCUCACGCACCGGGACACGCUCGCCGUCAUCCGUCACUUCCGCGAGCCCGUGCGACUAAAGACCGUCAAACCGGGUAAGGUGUUGAACACGGACUUGCGCCAUUACCUCAGCCUGCAGUUCCAGAAAGGUUCUCUGGACCACAAGCUCCAGCAAGUGAUCCGAGAUAAUCUGUAUCUACGUACCAUACCAUGUACCACAAGACAGCCACGGGAGGGGGAGGUUCCCGGCGUCGACUAUAACUUCAUCAGUGUGGAGGAGUUCCGCGUUCUGGAGGAAAGCGGGCUGCUGCUGGAGAGCGGGACCUACGAUGGUAAUUAUUACGGCACCCCCAAACCCCCGGCCGAGCCCAGCCCCGUGCAGCCGGACCUGGUGGACCAGGUACUGUUUGACGAGGAGUUUGAAAACGAGGUGCAGCGCAAGAGGACCACCUCGGUCAGCAAGAUGGAGAGGAAGGACAGCGCGGCACCUGAGGAAGAAGACGAUGACGAGAGGCCCUCGCUCGUGAACGGACUUACAGAUCAUAAAGAAGGCACCGAUUGGAGGCAGACCGUCCCGAGUUACACGCUGCCCGGCAAUGCCAUGGACCUCGGGGCUUGGAGCAUGCUGCCGGCGGACGAAAGCCAGGAACCGUUGCCUAAGAACUGGGAGAUGGCCUACACCGAGACCGGCAUGGUCUACUUCAUAGAUCACAACACAAAGACUACAACCUGGCUGGACCCACGGCUGGCUAAGAAAGCGAAGCCACCUGAGAAGUGUGACGAGGGAGAGCUGCCGUACGGCUGGGAGAAGAUCGAGGACCCGCAAUACGGCACCUACUACGUGGACCACAUCAAUCAGAAGACACAGUUCGAGAACCCUGUGAUGGAAGCCAAGAAGAGGCACGACCAGGAGAUGCCUACGGCGAGCCAGCCAGGAGUCACGCCCUCAGAGGAGGGCUCUCGGAGGGGUUUCACGCGCGACCCGGCGCAGCUCCAUGGGACGCUGUUGCGCACGGCCCUGAGGAAGAGCGUGCAGGGUUUUGGCUUCACCAUCAUAGGAGGAGACAGGCCCGACGAGUUCCUGCAGGUGAAGAACGUGCUGAGGGACGGCCCUGCGGCGCAGGACAACAAGAUCACCCCUGGGGACGUCAUCGUGGACAUCAACGGCACGUGCGUGCUCGGUAAAACCCACGCCGAUGUGGUGCAGAUGUUCCAGUCAGUGUCCGUAAACCAGUACGUGGACAUGGUGCUGUGCCGAGGUUACCCACUUCCCGAGGACGCCGGAGACGAGGCAGCGGGGGACGCCGCGGCCGCGCCUCCGGCUGACAGGCAGCCCCUCGUACUCGACGGGAGGCAGGAGGACACCUCUGAACUCACGCUGCUGCAGCCCGAGUUGGUGAACGUUGUGCUGGCGAAGGGGCCGAGCGGAUUCGGGUUCGCCAUCGCCGACUGCCCGCUGGGUCAGAAGGUCAAGAUGAUCCUGGACGCCCAGUGGUGCCGUGGCCUGCUCAAAGGCGACGUGAUUAAAGAGAUCAACCGCAAGAACGUGCAAACUCUGAGCCACACACAGGUGGUGGACAUCCUCAAAGAACUGCCCCUCGGCUCCGAGGUCAACGUGCUGGUGCUGAGAGGAGGUCAGACGUCUCCUGUGAAGUCUCUGAAGCCCUGUGCCACAGCAAUGCCCAUGCCAGCGACCCAGAAGCAUGAAGGAACCACCAGCACGAUAAGCACGGAUUCCCCAAGUCCUGUUGAGCCUCUCCCUCAGACGCAUCCUCAGACGCUCCCUCAGAUGCUCCCUCAGACUCUUCCACAAGCUCCACCCCAGUCGCUGCCCUUCCCUCCUAACAUAGCACGCUCCAACUCGCCCAAACUGGACCCAUCCGAACUCUACCUCAAGUCCAAAGCCAUGCUUGACAGCAAGCCUGCCAACACCAAGGAAGUAGAUGUGUUUAUUAAAAGGAACCAGGAGUCUGGUUUUGGCUUCAGGGUUCUGGGCGGAGAAGGAGCAGAUCAGCCAGUGUACAUCGGUGCUAUCGUUCCGCUGGGCGCCGCGGAGAAGGACGGGCGUCUGCGGGCAGGCGAUGAGCUCAUGUGUAUCGACGGCGUUCCCGUGAAAGGAAAAUCCCACAAGCAGGUCCUGGAGCUGAUGACCAACGCCGCACGCAACGGCCAGGUCAUGCUCACCGUGCGCAGGAAGCUCGUCUACGCAGAAGGAAGAGAGGAUGAGGGUGGACAGUCGCAAGCAACUCCCCCUCAGGUUAACGGCUCUCCCAGACAUCCUCAGGCGGACGCCGCUCCAGUUCUGUCCCAGCCGGAGGUCUACGAGGUCAUGCUGCAGCGUAAAGACAACGAGGGCUUCGGCUUCGUCAUCCUUACCUCAAAGAACAAACCGCCACCAGGAGUAAUUCCUCAUAAGAUUGGAAGGAUCAUCAAGGGCAGCCCUACGGAACGCUCCGGAAGGCUGAAAGUGGGCGACCGCAUCUCGGCCGUCAACGGCCAGUGCAUCGUGGACCUCUCGCACAACGACAUAGUGCAGCUGAUCAAGCAGGCUGGCAACACUGUCACUCUCACCGUGCUUCCUGAAGAAGAGCACAGCGGCCCUCCAUCAGCCAGCAGUUCAGCCAAGCAAAGCCCAGUGGCUCAGCACAAAGCCAUGGGACAGCAGCCUGCUAACCGUGAUGACGGAAACGGCCCCAAGACAGAAGAGAGAGAAGAGGGCAUGGUCUGGGGUAACUACAAAUCCCUUCCCAAGAACGAGUCGGGCAACACGUUGACCUCAAACACCAAGCAGGGUUGUUUCCUGGUGGAGCUGGAGAGAGGGCUGCGUGGCUUUGGCUUUAGUUUACGGGGAGGGAAGGAGUACAACAUGGGCCUGUUCAUCCUGAGACUGGCCGAGGAUGGCCCGGCACUGAAGGAUGGCAGAAUUCACGUGGGAGAUCAGAUCGUAGAGAUCAACGGUGAGCCGACCCAAGGCAUCACACACACACGGGCUAUCGAGCUCAUCCAAGCAGGAGGCACAAAGGUGCUGCUGCUGCUGCGGCCGGGCCAGGGCCUGAUUCCCGACCACAAUGCUAUGGAGAUGUUGACUCCACCUGCAAACUAUCCAAAGUACCCUGUAUCUGAUGAGCCAUCAAUGCUUCCAUCAUUGUCCUCCUCUUCUCUCUUGCCCUCUGAAGGCAUGUCAGCCCCCUCUCCCUCACGUGGCCUCCAUCAUCAACCCCGAGAACCCAGGACGAGCAGUUUCAACGUGUCUCUCCGCGACAAUUCUCCCAGCCCCCAGAAAUUGGACACUUCAUACACAGAAUAUACUGAGGGCAAAUCACGUUCACAAAGCCCAAGAAAACCAGACAAGAAGUCGGUGAAAAACAAAAACGUCAAUGCCGGCACUCAGAGUGUGGAUGUAUACGCCGACAGGAAAGCCCAGGGGCAGGCAGACAGGGGUGGACGCUCAGCAAGCCCUAGAAAGAGUCCGAGAAGGGAACAAGACACUGGCACCAGGCAGCCGUCAAUGGCGUAUGAAGAACCACAGCGGUAUCUUGAUGGGCAACAUUUUAACUACGGAACUGGAGGGAGCCCGUACAAGGAGGAAGACUUCGACUUUGGACAAGACAGGGAGACGGGAGAGGUGAGGCCAGAGCUGCAAAGAACAGACAACGAUCGGCGCCACCGGGAGAAGGGAGUUCAGAGGGAGGCAGUACCUCAGAGGUCGCAAUCACAGAUCUUUAAUGACCAGACCAUGCCAGAGCACCAGCCCAUGGGCCUGAACCACAGAGGCCAUCGAGAAGCUAAAGAGGGCUUGAGCAGAGGGGGCGCAAGCGACGAGAGCAAAAGGGAUACGAGGGGAUCUAGCAGUGUCCCACCAGAGACUUCCUGGAAUGGGAACGCCAGCAACAAAAAGUCUCCCAUCACCCCUGGUCCAUGGAAGGUCCCGAGCUCUUCUAAGGUCCAGUCUCAGGUGGAGAGGCUCUGAUGCUCGGUGGAGUUCAUCAGGAAUGCCAGGAGACCGAUGGUUACUCUGAAUCACUGUGUAAUUGAUGCAUAAUUAUUUUUUACCUGACUUGUACAGCAUACCGUAUCUUUACUGACUUCGAGCCGACGCUUUUGUGUUCAUGGUAUUCCGUGCUUUCAAGUAUCCAGGCCCUGUGGUGUGUUUGUCCCACCAACAGUGGCACCUGUUCAUCUCGUAUCGUGCCAAUCAGAGACUUAUCCCAUGGUCUGUUGGUUUUUUACCGGAAUUGUGAAGGAGUGUGGGUUUUUUUUGGUUUUUGUUUUAUUGUUUUUUUUUUUUUUGCUUACAUUUUUAUUUUCCCCUUCACACUUGUGUACAGACUUGUUUGAAAUGCAGUGUGUCCUUAUUGCAUCUGUGGAGUUUUUGUCUUUGCAUGUAUCAGUUCAACAAUACAACGCUAAUCACAGCUAAUCAUACAAAACGCGAUCGUUAGCUGUAUUAGCGAUGCCUGAUUUGUGCUUUGAGUCAAUGAUCAGAUUGGAUCAUAUAUGAUUUGUCACGUUCCAGCUCAGUGGUGGAUUUUUAGAUCUUUUUUUUUUCCUCUUUUUUUUUUUUUUUUUUUUUUUUAACAUGUUCCUUCUUUAAACUGACCAGACACUUGUGCUUGUAUAUUGUUUACUACAUGUGAGCUCAUGAAGAACACUAUGUAAUUUAUUGAAAUGAAAAAGAAAUUGCAAAAAAUAUAUAUAAAAUUAUAUAUAUUUAAAAUAUAUAAAUAUAUAUCUCACUCGAUAUUUUAUGUAGUCGUAUCAAAACUUUGUGCUCCAGAUCCUAAAGAGCUUGAUUCAUCCCUCGCUGACUCGGUGCACUACAUGCCGGGGAUGUAUAUUUCCACAUCGCUGUAGCUUUUACAAUUAUGCAUUGUGUAUCAUAUAGCAAGGUGUGUACAUCGGGGGCUUCAAUAAAUGAAUUGAAUACAUGGUCAUAUCAUUACGAUUUAAAUGAAGGUUUAACGGGGUGGUUCCGGGGUAAAUCAUAUUUUUACAUACAAUCUAACAUAUCUAUUUUUUGUCAUAUAACAAAUAUAAAUAUAUUAAAAAAAAUUAUAUGGAAAAAAAUUUCAACCAAAAAUGAAAAAAAUACAAUAAAUGAAAAAAAUGUGUGUGUGUGUGUGUGUGUAUAUAUAUAUAUAUAUAUAUAUAUAUAUAUAUAUAUAUAUAUAUAUAUAUAUAUAUAUAUAAAUAUAAGUAGCUUAUCAAAUGUAGCUGAUUUGGCUGUGUCUCUAUUGGUUUUGCAUUAUAGUUCACAAUUUAUAUUUCCCAUGAAACUAACAACUCUACACGCAUCAUCUCCAAUUAAUAUACCAUUGUGGUUAUUAUUAUUAUUAAUAUUAUUAUUAAUAUUGUGUGUGCACAGAUUUGAGAAAAGUGGCAGCUUUGAGACUUGAUUUCAAUUCGCAGUUCCACCAGACAUUAAGGCCGUUUCAGUCCUAUUGAUGUAACAAACACUUAAAUCAAGUCAUUUUGAUCAUGUUGCAAUACAAAUCUAUAUAAUUCCAGAGCAUGGUAUUAAAAUAAACAUCUGCUCAGUCCUGAUUUAAAAUGUGAAGCCUGUGUGGACUGUGGAAAUAAUUUUUCCUAAAAAAUGAAACCUGGGCUCUUGUGUGUAUCUCAUCUCAUCUCAUUUAUAUGAAACUGUGGCCUUGCGUUUGCUUUAUUUAAAAAAAAUAAAAAUAAAUAAAAAAGGAAAGAAGAAGAAGGAAAGAAAGGCCUUUCCGGUCUCGUUGUGGUAGUUGUAAAUGUUUAUAAAAUGUACAGCGACUGUUUAAAUACUUGCCUUCAUUCAGAAAAAAUAAUCUGUAAAUCACUUCAUUAUUUUAAGUAAUUGGAAGAAAGAAAAGAUGAGAAUAUAUAUGUGUAGUUGUGAAAGAAUUCGAAUCUGGUCAUGAAAUUCUGUUCAUGCGCUGAGAAAUAAAGUUUUAAAGGACGUCA